AUACGCCUUUUCCAAUUUCUCCAUCGUUUAUGGCUCAUCCACUGAUCCACAAACAUUUUUUGUGUAUGUGAACUUGAAUUUCUCACUACUCUAAUCUCAUGGCUUCUUCUUCUUUACCUCGCACCUGGAGAUAUCGCGUCUUCACGAGCUUCCAUGGACCUGAUGUCCGUAAAACCUUUCUCAGUCACUUACGCAAACAGUUUAUCUGCAAUGGGAUCACCAUGUUCGAUGAUCAAGGUAUCGAGAGAGGUCAAACCAUUUCCCCAGAACUCACACGAGGGAUUAGGGAAUCGAGGAUCUCGAUCGUAGUGCUCUCGAAGAACUAUGCUUCAUCGAGUUGGUGUUUGGAUGAGCUGUUGGAGAUUUUGAAGUGCAAGGAAGAUAUUGGUCAAAUAGUGAUGACUGUCUUCUACGGAGUAGAUCCAUCUGAUGUGCGCAAACAAACCGGAGAUAUCUGGAAAGUUUUCAAGAAAACAUGUGGUGGUAAAACGGAGGAGAAGAGGCGAAAAUGGAGCCAAGCUUUGAACGAUGCGGGGAACAUAGCCGGAGAACACUUCCUAAACUGGGACAAUGAAUCGAAGAUGAUUGAGAAGAUUGGUAGAGAUGUUUCAAACAAACUAAACACUACAGUCUCUAAGGAUUUUGAAGACAUGGUGGGACUUGAGACACACCUGGAGAAAAUACAGUCUUUGUUACAUUUAGAUAAUGAAGAUGAAGUUAUUAUUGUUGGAAUCUGUGGCCCUGCAGGUAUUGGUAAGACUACCAUCGCUAGAGCUUUACAUAGCCGACUCACUUGCAGUUUUCGGCGUACUUGUUUUAUGGAGAAUCUUAGGGGAAGCUAUAAUAGUAGUCUUGACGAGCAUGGUUUGAAGCUGCAAUUACAAGAACAACUUCUUUCCAAGAUUUUAAACCAAAAUGGUAUGAGGAUAUACCAUUUGGGUGCGAUACAUGAAAGGCUAUGCGACCAAAAAGUGCUUAUCAUUCUUGAUGAAGUGGACGAUCUGAAGCAACUUGAAGCUUUGGCUAAUGACACUAAGUGGUUUGGUCCUGGAAGUAGGAUUGUAGUAACCACAGAAAAUCAAGAGCUUUUGAAGCAACAUGGUAUCAAGAAUACAUACCAUGUGGAUUUUCCGACUCAAAAAGAAGCUCGUGAGAUCUUUUGUAGAUAUGCUUUUAAACAGAGCACUCCACAAGAUGGUUUCGAAAAUCUUUCUGAAAGAGUUACAAAGCUUUGCAGCAGACUUCCACUAGGUCUUCGUGUCAUGGGUUCAUAUUUACUAAGAAAGACAGAAGAUGACUGGGAAGAUAUACUGUAUAGGCUAGAAAGUAGCUUUGAUCCAGUUGAUCGAGGUAUCGAGAGAGUACUAAGAGUCGGAUAUGACGGUUUACAUGAGAAGAAUCAAUUGUUAUUUCUCCUCAUUGCAUUCUUCUUCAACUACAAAGACGAAGAUCAUGUGAAAGCAAUGCUUGCUGACAAUAACUUGAAUGUCAGACUCGGUUUGAAAACCCUCGAGUAUAAAUCUCUUAUACAAAAAUCGUCCGGAGGAAAUAUAGUGAUGCACAAGUUACUACAACAAGUGGGUAGAGAAGCGGUUCAAAGACAAGAGCCUUGGAAACGCCAAAUCUUAAUUGAUGCUCAUGAGAUUUGUGAUGUCCUUGAAACUGAUUCUGGUUGUGCAAAUGUGAUGGGCAUAUCUUUUAAUGUAUCUACAAUCCCGAAUGGCGUGCAUAUAAGCGCAAAAGCUUUUCAAAAUAUGCGUAAUCUUCGAUUUCUAAGCAUCUACGAGACAAGACGUGAUAUAAACCUUAGAGUGAAUGUACCCGAGAACAUGAAUUUCCCACAUCGGCUAAGGUUUUUACAUUGGGAGGUAUAUCCAGGAAAGUGUCUUCCUUCUACAUUUAGGCCAGAAUAUCUUGUGGAACUCAACUUGCAGAAUAACAAGCUAGAGAAGCUUUGGGAAGGAACACAGCCUCUUACAAAUCUCAACAAGUUAGAAUUGUGUGGGUCCUUACGAUUGAAGGAACUCCCAGAUCUUUCAAAUGCCACAAAUCUCAAGAGACUAGAUCUAACUGGUUGCUGGAGUUUGGUAGAGAUUCCUUCCUCUGUUGAAAAUCUUCAUAAACUAGAAGAGUUGGAGAUGAAUUUAUGUUUACAGCUUCAAGUUGUUCCGACUCACUUCAACUUGGCAUCUCUUAUAUCACUCAGAAUGUUGGGAUGCUGGCAAUUGAGGAAAUUUCCAGGUAUUUCUACGAACAUCACAUCACUCGUAAUCGGAGACGCAAUGUUAGAAGAAAUGCUUGAAUCAAUUACGCUUUGGUCUUGCCUUGAAACUCUCAGUAUAUAUGGCAGUGUCAUUACACAUAAUUUUUGGGCAGUAACUUUAAUAGAGAAAAUGGGCACAGAUAUAGAGAGGAUUCCUUAUUGCAUCAAAGAUCUCCCUGCGUUAAAAUCGCUUUAUAUAGGUGGCUGUCCAAAACUUGUAUCACUGCCAGAGCUCCCUGGCUCACUCAGAAGACUAACAGUAGAAACUUGUGAAUCACUCGAGACCGUAUCUUUUCCUAUUGAUUCUCCAAUUGUGAGUUUCAGUUUCCCCAACUGCUUCGAAUUGGGUGUAGAAGCACGGAGAGUGAUUACACAGAAAGCAGGUCAGAUGCUAGCAUACUUACCAGGAAGAGAAGUACCUGCGGAGUUCGUGCACCGAGCUAUAGGAGAUUCCUUGACCAUCCGUUCAUCUUUCUGCUCCAUAUUUAGGAUUUGCGUCGUUGUUUCCCCUAAAUCAGGGAUGAAAGAAGAAUAUGUUGAUUUAAUGUGUCGCAAACGCAUAAACGGUUGCCCCAAUGGCGAUAACUUAUUUAAGGCACGGCUCCGUAAAGUCCAAGCGGAACAUCUGUUUAUAUUUCAAUUUGAAUUCCUUGAGGAAGACGGAUGGCUGGAACAGGACAACGAGGUAUUGUUCAAAUUCACGACCUCAUCCCAGGAACUAGACAUUAUUGAAUGUGGUAUCCAGAUAUUGACAGGCGAAACCAACAGAAACAUAAGCAGCUAUGAAAGCUAUGAAUCCAGGUCAGAGCAAGUCUCUGAAUACGAAGAUGAAUCUCUCUAUGACGGAAGCAUAAGCAGUCAGGGAAGCAAUGAAGACGACGACGGAUAUCACUCUGAUAGGAGACUUGAGUUCCAUGAACAAAAGUCCUUGUCCAGGUGGGGUUUCUGUGGAAUUUUUCAUGGCUUCUUGAGAUGUUUUAUGGCCUGACAAUGUGGCAGCCGUUCAUGAAAUUUCUCAGAAAUGGCCUAGCCAUGGUAGUCUUAUCGUGGAUGUUGAAUAGUGCUGCGAUUCAGAGGCAGAUUGCAUUGCAUCCUCAGUGUGAAAGUCCUCUCCUAAUGUCUAGCUACUGCAUCUUAAAUCACAUUUUUGAGACAUUUCGAUACAAAGCACGUGAAGCAGCUUGUUAAGUGUGACAACAUUGGGCUAGAAACCAAGUUCCUCAAUGUAGACAAAGCAAAUGACAGCUUAUGAGUAAAUAACAUUGUCUGUAAUAUAUAAUGCAAGCGUUUAUUGUGUAAUAGUAAAACUCAUAUGCAGAGGCAAAA